GUUAGUCGUUUUGUGUUUAUGUAACGCGUUUCGGGAUAUUUCAUUUCAUUUCGGAUAAGCCCUACAAUGGACUCGGAUAAAGUUGUGGGCGCCAUGGCGCGCUGGUGGCAGACUGUUAGCCAAGAAGAUAAUGAUGGCAUGUCACACAAUCCAAUGCUCUACGAUCCACUGGAUGGCGUCGUGAAGACCUCCAAGACCCGCCAAUAUAUAGCAGCACUUAUCAUUUGCCUGGGCGCUGUUGCUGCGGGCACUGCCUUGGCCUGGACCAGUCCCGUGCUGCCUCAAAUCAGUGCGCCCGUAGUUAAUAGCAGUACAAUAGUGACUCCGACCAACUCUACUGGAAAUGAGACUAGCCCAGUUAGCCCACCCAUACCGCACGAUGACCAACUACAACUAACUGUCGCCCAACAGACUUGGGUUAGUUCACUACUGGCCAUUGGCGCCUUCUUGGGCGCUCUACCCACGGGUUAUAUAGCCGAUGCAAUUGGCAGACGUUACACGGCAAUGGCGAUGGAUGUCCCGUUCAUUUUGGCCUGGCUAUCGAUCAGCUUUGCCAAGUCAGCCGGUUGGCUGUACUUUGGCCGUUUUCUAAUUGGCAUAUCGACGGGCAGCUUUUGUGUGGUGGCUCCGAUGUACAUCUCAGAGAUCGCUGAGACUAGCAUUCGCGGCACGCUGGGUACGCUCUUCCAGCUGCUGCUCACCAUGGGCAUACUCUUCAUUUAUGUGGUCGGUUCCAUGGUCUCGUGGACUACGCUCAGCAUUCUGUGCCUCUUUGUGCCGAUUGCUCUGCUCGUGGGCAUGGUCAUGCUGCCAGAGACACCUGUUUACCUGCUGAAGAAGGGUCGUCGCGCGGAGGCAGCGUUGUCCCUCAAGUGGCUGUGGGGUCGCUACUGCGACUCGCGCAGCGCCAUUCAGGUCAUACAAAACGAUUUGGAUCAGACGGGCGCAGAUGCUUCGUUCCUGGAUCUGUUCACCAAUCGUGGUGCACGCAACGGACUCAUCAUUUCCAUCCUGCUGAUGUUCUUCCAGCAAUUCUCGGGCAUCAAUGCGGUCAUAUUCUACACAGAAUCCAUAUUCAAGUCGGCCGGCAGCAGCCUGGACGCCUCCAUUUGCUCUAUCAUUGUGGGCGUGGUGCAGGUGAUCAUGACGCUGACCUCAUCGGUGCUGAUCGAACGAGCCGGCCGCAAGAUGCUGCUGCUCUUCAGCAGCACCGUGAUGACCAUUUGCCUGGCCAUACUGGGCGCCUACUUUGACAUGAAGGACAGCGGCAAGGAUGUCUCGCACAUUGGCUGGCUGCCGUUGCUCUGCAUGGUGCUGUUCAUCAUCACCUUCUCGGUGGGCUACGGACCCAUACCGUGGCUGAUGAUGGGCGAGCUCUUCAUGCCCGAUGUCCGAGCCACCGCCGUGGCGCUCACUGUCAUGGCCAACUGGCUGUGCGUGUUUGUGGUGACCAAAUGCUUCGGAAUCAUGAUAACAGAGUGGGGCUCAGAUGUAACGUUCUGGUUCUUUGCCGGCUGCAUGGCCCUGGCUACGGUUUAUGUGGCCGUAGCCGUGGUGGAAACAAAGGGCCGAAGUUCCAGUCAAAUACAAACGUGGCUCAGCGGACAUUAAAAAUAGAGAUUCCUGUGAGAAUCUAGAGGGCGUACGCCAUGUGUACAUACGUGGCUAGGGCCCAGAGAGGGUGCAGGCGCAUAUGACGCAUACGCCGCGUGUCCUUCACACGAAAUGUACAACAUUUAUCCAUAUGGUUUCUCUGCUUAAGUGUAGUUCAAUUAUUUCCUAAGUACUCAGCCAACUCAAAGAGAUUCGCUUAGMUUUUUAUGUACUCUAUUCUAUGUAAAUAUAUAUAUAUAUAUAUAUACAUAUAUAGGUGUGCGGCUGUAAAGACAUGUGCUUAUAUUUAUUUACAUAUUUA